AUGCGCAAGAAGUUGCACGUGAUCCCAGAUUGGCAGUGUAUCAAGUACACGGUCCGUUUCAACCAACGUCCAAACAGCAUUGGCAUGAGCAAGAAGUCGAUCCCAUGCAUAGAUCUUGGUCAUCAAUUUAAACUUGUCUACAAUGCUGAACGGGGUCGAUGCCUCGGAAGUCAUCAGAGGAAUGAGGAGUCGGUGCGACGGAUUUGCCGGCUGAUGAGUCUUUCCACGCAGCUACAAGAGCGAAAUGCUGAAUUGGCCGAAAAUGCACGGGAGAAGCUGAGAAACGAGUGCAUCAAGUUCACCGAGUACAACAAGGGCGCCACGACGGUCGAUUUGAUGAUGGAUUGGAUCUGGCGUCCGAAGGGCCAGCGGCGUUCGCCGUGGGGAUUAAUUGACGACUUCAUCCUCCACGAUAACGUCAAUCGCGUAGACUUUGCCGUUCUGCACGCUUACCGAUUUGUGAGAGCCUUCGGCGAAAGAGGUGUUCUACCCGAGAUCGCCCACUUCCAGCCCGUCGAGCACCCAAAA